UCUAACUUCCCACGAAACCCUCGUCUUCCCCGUUCGCGUCUGCCUCUGAAUUGAAUUUUCUCCAGACGCCUGCAUAUCCAGGCAUUUUAGCCUAUUACCGACUCGUCUCUGUUAGCCGGUUCUCUGACUAAAACACUAGUUUCUUAGCUUCCUAUGACAGCCGUUCCCUCUCUACUGUCUUUAUCACUGCACCAGUCUGGCUCUGUUUUGUUCAAUCAAAGUCGCGUUCUACUGUGAGUACUCGGCGAGAUUCAUUUUCCGCCGGCUUGGAUGAUGUGUACGAUUUCCCUGGUUUUUUCUAUUGGUAGCUUAUUCGGCGAGUCUUCAGCAGCAUUUUACAGACCAGGCAAUUUUGAUAAUUUAAAGCCACUAGAAACCUGCAAGGCUGAAACCAUAAAACUGCAAGCCCAAAGUUGCACCAUGUCCUCGCCUUUCUCUCUGUGAUUGUAAAAACCAUGGCCACCAGCAUGGGCAGAGUUGGCUCUUCUUUGCAUGGGCUGGCAAAAAACCCACGUUUGUUUUCCACCAAAGCAACCAGCCACCACAACCACCACCAACAGAACCAUAAGUUCUUGGAGGCCAAUUCCUUCUUAGGCACUUGGGAAGCACCAAAGGACCCAAAAGAGGCAGAGAGGAAGUUGGCCCAGUUGAGGAGAGACUAUGCUAAGCAAGUGGCAGAGCUGCGCAAGGAGUACGUACACGAGAUGGAGCUGCUCCGCCUUGAGAAGCAGCGGAAGGAUGAGGCCAGGAUGCAGGCCAUAAGGGCUGCCAACGAGGAGCGCAAGCGCUUGAAGGCUGAGAUCGCCAAGGUCAGAGCCCAGGAGCGGAUGGUUGCUGAAGAGGAGUUCAGGAAAAUACUUUUGAAAGAGAGAAGAGAAAAGCUGGAAAAUUGGAGGAUGAAAGAAAAAAUGAAGGAAGAGAAGAAAACAGAAAAGAAUGAGGUCCUACGCAGACAAAGUUCCACGUGGAUUGAUGAGUCUGAGUUAGAGAAGAGGAUCCUGGAAGUUGUAGUUUACCCCACUCCUCUCUGAGUAAUUCCUGUCAAAAACUUGUUAUUUGCUUUGAUGCCCUCUUGAUAUUGUGGAACUUUUGAUAUAUAUAUAUAUAUUUAUGCAUCAUCUCUCAUUUUGAUAUUAUAUAUAUGCAUGGGUUAUAUAUAAUAUCAUCAUCUAUUAAAUAGCAAUG